AGAGGGCGGGCGGGCGGGCCGGCGCGGCGGAUUUAUCAGGCAGCAGCUCUGCUCUGGCAGUCACGAGAGUGCAGCCGAACCAAGCACAUACCACCGAACGUCCGACCAACUCUCGGAUAUUCCUCUCACCGCAAGGAACGCUGACUGAAUCAGGAUGGCCGGCUUGUUGGAAUCUUUGCUGGGCAUGUUCGGCUUUGGCCAGAAGGACCUUGACGUGGAGGACCCUGCGACAGGGCUGACCCUGCGCCAGAAGAACUACGUGCGCUCGACGUGGGCGCUGGUGUUGCCCAACGCGAAGACGGUCGGCGUGGAUCUUCUGACCACAUUCUUCGGGAUGUACCCUCAUUAUCAAAAACUUUUCCCCGACUUCGCACAUUUGAAACUGGAAGAAAUGAAGAAGAACAAAAAGUUUGCAGCCCACUGCAGCAACAUAAUGUUUAGCAUAUCUGGUCUCGUGGAUGGCUUGGACGACACGGAAGUUCUGGUCGAAUUGUGCGCCAAGAUUGGUAACUCGCACGCUAGACAUCACGUACCACCUCAAGCAUUUGACGAUAUAAAGGUCACUGCUUUGAAAGUGCUGUCUGAGAAAUUGGGCAAGAAGUUGACACCUUCGGCCGCCGAUGCAUGGGACAAGACGCUCACUGUCGCCUUCUCACUUAUCAAAAAGGAACUCAGCAGUGAGUGAAGUUUUUAGUUUUGAACUAAGCAGACGACUUCCUCACACUUCAGGAUUUGCAGCUACAAAGACGUUUUUGUUUGCGCAUUUCACUCACAGACAGGCAUUUCAUCCUUAAUUGAUGAGAAUUUCGCAAAGUCGUAUAUUAAUGAGAGUAGAAUUGUUAAUCAAAUCAAAAACACAUAAAUAAUUAUCAAUGUAGAAAUGAUUUAUAAGCGGAAAAUGGAACUCAAGAACUAUUGAUAAAAUGGUAAAUACACGGAAAUAUGUACUCUCGUCCUUUAUUUUAGGCAUCUCUCACUGAAUUCACGCACAAGAAACUACAAUUAUUUAAGCUUAGUGUUAUUUGUAUCCUAAUUUUUAGCGCUUUAAUAAAUGCAAUGAUGAACAUUAAAAUACACAAUUUUAUAAAAAUUCUAA